AUGGAGUUAUCGUCGCUUAUUAAAAAGACAGGGCAUUCCUUAGUGGAGAUUAGAGUGCGGGCUCUAAAAAACAUUAGAUCAAAGCUGGACCAUGGGCUCAUCUCUUCUCCUGAUCUCGUCCAAGAGCAGACGCUCUUCAUCAACCUUCUGGAGUGGUUCAAUUUUCCUGAGGUCCCGAUGCAAGAGGAGGUCUUGGAGCUGCUCAGCACUUUGUCUAUGCACCCCACUGGAGCUCGCAUGCUGAGAGAUGUAGGAGCGGUGGAGUUUCUAACACAGCUUUCGCCCAGCGUGGAACCUCGUCUUCAGACCAUCAUCGACAGCAUCUUCGACCAUCUCUUCCACCUGCCUAUCCCUCCACCCAACACGACCCACAAUGAGCAGCCAGCAUCCACUUCUCAGCCUGUGGAGGAGACAUCAGUCAGAGGAUACUUCCAGCAAAACAAACCCAGCCAGACAGAUGUUGCUCCCCCCAGAGUAUCAGUGAAUGCUUCUGUGAGAUGCCUGAAGUUUUCCGUUUUUCCAUGGCUGGCCUUGACUACAACAGAUAGGCAUAUAUUGUCAUCAAAUGAAAGUUCCUUAAGAAGUGACAGUCAUGAUUUAGUGCGGACUACCUGCGAGCUUCUACGAGAUGUGAUCAUGCAGGACUUUCCGGCAGAAAUAUUCCUCCAGCGACCGAGCAUAGUGCAAAAUCUUCUGUUGCUGCUGAAUGUGAACAGUGAAAGUGACUCCAGCUCACUGGCGCUCCGGGCGCUGGCCUGCCUACAGCAGCUCUGCAGGAACCUGAGAAGCCGACUGUGUUUCCACAGAGAUCCCAGCUUCUGCUCAGCCAAGCACGAUCCUGUCUCUCAGAACUCCUCCAUAUCGUAUGCUCAGGAGGCGAGAGGGACCCAGAGGUCAGGGGUCACAACCCCAGAGGACUGCUCUCCACGGCCGUCGGUGGUGGGACGAACUGGUCAGCGAGUCCGGGGGGAUGGCCAGGACGGUGAUGCUGCAUCUGCAAGCAGCACUAGCUCUCAGAGAGGGGCUCCCCCCGGGCCAGCCCCGCAGUCCCCCCUGCUACAGCCCGGCCUAGAGCUACCCCUGGAGCCGGAUGGUGAGGACUCUCUGGAGCUUCAGGUACAGCAGUGGAACCUGGCCGGAUUUGGUGUGGCAACUCUAGAGCACACACUUCCACUUCUCAGGACAGGGAAGCUAAAGGUUUUGCAGCAGGUUUUGGAGUUGCUGGUGGAAGUGUUGGCGCUGCUGGGGGAGAGCGUGGCCCCGGAGCUUUGGGAUGAGUUCAGCCUCACAGCGACUGAGCUGAGAGAGAAGCUUCAAGUAUGUAUGGAGAUCCUAGGAGAUAUUAUGUGCCACCACAGCGGCAUGGCAUCCUCCAAACAGCCUGAAUCAUCUCUGGUUCACCAUCGUCUGGCUUACAUGGGCACUGCUGUUUUCACCAUCCGCCUUCUGCAAACCCUCUUACCUGUGGAGAAGGCCAAUGAAAACCUUCCAGAAAGUGCUGUAACUGCUGUUUUCCACCUUUGCCUGGACACCCCGUUCAGUCUUGCGUUUCCAAGCAUUCACGAGUCAGCUGUGGCGUACCUGGAGCUCUCCAGCUCCGACAGCUACAAUCUGUACAGGAGAGUAAGCCGGGCCGCUCACAUGAUGGAAGCUACCUGCUCUUUCAUCAAAGAGGCACAGGCUGAGGGAGAUAAGAAUUGGCUGGAGUUGCUGGAGCUCGCUGACCAAGCCAUAGACGGCCUUCCAUACCAUCAACACCUACCGAUUGUCAAGCAAUGCAUUCAGAUUUGCUCAUACCUGUGGAAGUCUGCUCAGGCCAGUCCGCUGCUUCAGAUGGAAAGUCAGAAGAUCCUUCUGAAACUUUUGUCACACCCUCUGCUUCCAGUGAAGGUGGAGACAUACUUAUGCAUUCUGGAUGUAGUGAAGGAAUGCUUAGGGGUUCAGAAUGUGGCCAGGCCGGCUUCAUCCGUCUACGCUGGAGUGCAUUUUUUGCUCCACUCUCGUGUCCUUUAUGAAAUCAGCGCUUUUGGCCUUCAAGACCAAGCAAAAGAGGUGAAUUCGGCUGCCAAGGAUGUUCUUCUCUAUCUGCUAAAGGGACGAUUGAUGAUGACAGCUUCAAGUUGGGCUAGAUUUAAUGAGGCACUUUACCCGGUCAUCCCUGUGCUGCAGAGUUAUGCAGGCUCGGCAGACGCCCUGGGUAACUGUAUCCUGCUGAUAAGCAGAGUGUCAGACGAUCAGGGAGAUGGUGUCUGUUCUCCAGCGGCCCGACUGCGCACCGCACUCAGGCUGCUCUUCAACAAGCAACACACAGUGAGAAGUACAGCGGUUGAGGAUCUUUUGCCUCACCUGACCAGUCCAGAGGGCCCCAAGAGCUCCAGGCCUGUCCUGGACAAAACUGUACUCUCAUCAUUACCGUCUAUCUAUGUUACCAAUAAAAGUGUGGACAUCAAACUAGAUGACUCCAGCAGGUCUUAUCUUAAGGUGGAAUCUGUGAAUAAGCUUUACAGUAUCCUCACCUCAGAGACGGUGGACAUGGUUCUCCGGAGAUCUGCAGCGGAACAGCUGGUGGUUGUUUUGCAGGACACAGCGAUGCAUGCUGUACUGAAGACACAGGGAUUGCCAGACAAACUCAUUUCUUUCAUCACAGAGAGUGUGAGCAGCCUUGCAACGAAUAUGGACUGCCUGUUGGAGCCGAGUGUUGGCAUGCUGAGGAAGCUGGUGUAUGCGGAUCCCUCUCUGAGGCACAGUCUGGCCCAACGGUCUGAUUUCCUCAUCACUUUACUCCGAGCUUCAUUGCUGAUAAAGGCAAAUCAGAGUGAUGUGACUGAAACUGCGGUCUUGAUGUGUUUUCUGCUGUUUGAUGAAGUCGCCACAGUGGAUGUUUGGACUGGAAAAGCUGACACAGACACCACUUUGUCUCCUUUCUCUCUGCCCGUCUCCAUUAUACGAAGGUAUAAUUUGCCAUUCCAGUCUCCAUCUCACCAUGUGGUCAGUCCUUACUGCACUGUGCUGCCUCCUUAUUCUGACCUGUUGGCCAUGAGGGCGGUCAGAGAGGCGUUGCAGUUCAGCUGGAAUCAAGCCUGGCACAGUGGAACUGAGGCAUUACUGAAACACCUGAGGACCAGCAAGAGUCACGCACCUGAGUUUCAUGCUGAUUUGGUUCUGACGGAGACUCAGGCUGUGCUGCUGCGAGUAUAUGAUGUUAAGACAGGCCUGCAGGACUGUAUUGAAGCCGUGCAAACAGCCAGCUCUCACAGUGAGGUGACCUCUGCUCUGACCAGAAUGCACCUGUAUCUCCUGACCGACCGGCUGGCCCUCAAAGUCACCAACAACUGCAGCAAGAACGCACUACAGAGCCUCCACUGGCACACACCUGUAGAGAGGUUUCUCCAGGUGUGUCCAGCUUGUCCCCAAGACGAGAAGCUGCUGGUGAGCCUCGUGUCCUUCCUCAACACCUUCUUUAAGCAAAACCAGUCUGACUGUGAUGAUAACGACUUGAGAUGGCUUGCAGAAUUACUCAUAAAACAGGAAACGCACGUCCUACUGGACUUGUUGCUGGUUGAUGAAGUGAAGACACACACGCAAGCCCAGGGGAAGGGUGAAGAGCUUCAGGAUGUUGGUCAACAACUCCAGAGAGAGCUAACAGGCCUCUUUAACACUCUGCUACUGCGGCUCACGUCCACAUCCGACAGGAUGUGUAGGUUACUGUCUGGUCCGUUGGCGUCGGAGUUGGCUGUCCGUCUGCUGCAGUGUUUACGUUUAACUGACGCUCCGCGGUUCUACGGUCUUCCCUCUCUGGAGCGCGCUCUCCGCAGCAUGGCGCACGCCACCGCCCUGACUGGCUGGAGCACACACACACCCAGCACGGAGCCACACACUCUCUGCCAGAAAUACCUGAGCGGCCUCCUGGAGGUGAUCUCUUCUUUCUACGUGGAGUGGGGAGGGAACUCCAUGUCCUUCAUGGGUAAAGGUGUGACGAAGAACGCUGUGAUAUGCCUUCUUCACCUGUCGCAUGAGAUGAUGGCUCAGAGUAAAGAUAAGGAUUGGAUGUCUCUAUGGUCUCUGGGGCAGGAGCAGAGUGCUGAUGAACCGUCUGCAGCUCAGCUCGGCCUUGCCUGGCUAAUUCCCCUGUGGGUGGACAGAGACCCAGAGGUGCGCUGUGCCAGUCUGGCGGUGGGCACUGCACUCUCCUCGUUACAGAGCGGCUGCAUGGCGCUGCUGGCCAGCUGCCAGAACAUCUCAGGAGGCCUUUGGGCGACGUUGCUCAACAUCCUGCUGGAGAAACAGGAGUGCAGCAUGGUGCGCAGAGAGGCAGCAUUUCUGUUACAAAACCUGCUGGUGAUGCCAAUGCCUGCCAAUGCAGAGGAAGCUGAAGACUGCGUGUGGCAGAGUCCGUGUGUGCAUGAUGAAGGGUCUGGAGUGUCUCUGGUGGGCCUCCCUGCCCUGCAGGCUCUCCUCUAUCACUGUCACUUUUUUGAUCAUGUGGCUGAGAUGGUGUGCAGCUGCUACAGGGGCCGAUACGCCUUCUCACUCAGCCCUCCUCCAGCGCACGCUCAGUCAGAAAUGAAUGACUCUCUGCGGCACUUGAGAGGUCCUACAGCUCAGGAACUCCAUCAAGCCAACAGUUCAGGAUCUGUUUCUACUUCUAGCACCCUGCUCCCGCCAGGAGGCUCCAGUGAGACUCGUUCUCCUGUCCUGUCCUCCGCUGGGGCUGAGGAGGACACGCCGUUCAACAGACUCACUGCUCAAGGUCAGAGUGAUGCUGAAAGCUCAGACUCCUCCCUCUCUCAAGACUCUCCGGAAACGUUCACCUGUGUUGCUAUGGUAACCCCCCACCUGCUGUCAGCCGUGUGUGGCCUGCUGGCCAACCUAGUGGCCGUUCUGCCUGAAUUUACUCUCACCGCCCUCAGGCAGAACCACAUCCUGCAGGGCGUAGUCAGUGUGUUGGAUGUGGUGGAGAUGGAGCGCUGCUUGGCUGAACUGAGGAAUCCUGUUCUCCUCCCUGCUGAUGUAGAGGAGGCCAGAAACCAGGUGCUGUGUGGAGUGUAUUAUGCAAGCAGUGUCUGUAAGCUGCUGCAGUGUUCUGCUCUCCUCAGUGAUGAAGAUUUCUUUAAGACAGAUUUCCUCACACCUCUACUGAACACGCUCAUCUCCAUCCUUACCCUCCCUCUACCGCGCACAGACGUGUGUACCCAGGAUGCAUUGCUGCACACCUGGGCAGAUGUGUUGAUGCUGCUGGAAACUCUGCUGCUUCGGAGCCCUGUUGCAGUUGGGCCAUCUGCCUGCACCGCUGUGGGGAAACGCUGGAACGGCUUCUCAGACACUGUCCAUGUAUGUGUGGGGCUGUUGGGGUCCAAGCCUUCCCUCUACAUGGCCUGCCUCCAUUUCCUGUCUGUACUGUUCUCCCAGGAAGUGAGGAAAAGAGGGCAAAAGGCAGAAAACACAAGCUCCAAAGAUGCUCUGUCUGCAGCCCUGAACGGGGAACCAGCAGAGCAGCUGUGCGAAAUUCUGCUGGAGAGAUAUGAGAAGACCCAGUUUCAGGAUCCUCUGAAGAAGAUCACUGCCAAAGCUCUGAUGUCUUUGCUGGUCUGCAGCCCCAGUGCACAGAGCUAUGCAUGCAAAGCGGGGUUUAUUGAUAGUUGUGUGGAGCAGAUAAAGCAGAUCUACACACAGCUUCACUUGGAGUCCCUAAAACCAGGCAAAGCCACGCACAGGAAGAAGGAGGAGAACAGCUUGAAGGAACUCAGGAUGGUCCUUGAGAUCCUGAGAAACUGCCUCUACCAGAAUAACGAAUGCAAAGAUGUAGCUACGGAUCUGAGGCUGACCGCUGCUCUGCUGGCUCUGUGGCCGUGGCUCCUUCUGCACGACUCAAUAAUGAUCGCUGCACUGGAAUUGCUGUGUGUGUACACAGCCAACUGCAGCACAGCAUGCAGGGCUGUAUGUGGUAGCAGCUCUAGUUCAAGUCACUCCACUGUACCCAGAGUUCCACUCACCAACUCCCUAAUGCAUGGGGUGAUGAAGCUGGCAGCUCAGGUUGUCCCUGACUGCAGCAGCAUCCACAGCCUGGCCUUCUCUCUGCUGGCCAAUCUUUCUGUCUCCAGAGACUGCAGAGGUCUGCUGCAAAAGAGUAAUUUUCUGCAGCACUUCCUGUCAGUCCCUGUUCCCAGGCAAGGCAGUAAAGGCAGCAGUCCUGCAGCGGUCACUCUGUCUCAGUGGCUGCAGCUGCUACUGAGCAUUUCUUUUGGAAAGGACGGUCAGGUAAUGAUAGUGAAGCUGCAUGGAGCUGUGGAGCUGCUGGCUGACCUGGCGCAGAGCAUGCUGGGAGAAAACACACCCACUGCCCUCCUUGUCCUCCACAACAUCUGCUUCUGUUCAGCCAACAAAGCCAGAGUGCUCGCUUGUGGUAAAGCUAUAGAACUACUAGUGUCGUGCCUGGAUAGCAGCUCCCUAGAGAUCCGUGCUGUAGGAGUCUCAGCUCUGUGGGCUCUGCUACACAACUACCAGAAGGCAAAGGCGACUUUGAAGUGUCCCUCCAUCAGGCUGAAAGUGGAUGAGGCCUACACAUUGACUAAGAAAGAUGCACAGCAGAAGAAUCAGGAGCCCUUGAAUGCAUAUUUACUCAAAUGCCUUGAACAUCUCAGCAAGCUUUUAAAUACCUGAGUGCCUGCAGAAACUCAUGUAAACCAUUUAUAAUUUAUAUGUUUCUCUUGCCUUGUUUCCCAAAACUGAGUUGUAAUGUUAUUUAAAUCAUGCCUUGAAAUAAAAGUUAUGAUUUUCCUUUUC